UUGCUAACACAUGGUGGCAGAGCUCUUACUGACAUCCAAAAAUAUGAUAAGACUAUCGCCUCUGAUGAUGAGGACGAUGGUAAUGGUAACAUUGGCGCAGAUGUGGUGAAAGUUGCUCAUUUCGGCGGAGGUGAUUUCGACAAUCCCAAUAAACCUGAAGAAAAGCUGAGUCGCAAAGAUGUAAUAGCCGAUUUGAUCGCGAAGACAAGGCAAGCUCGCGAGGAGAAGCAUAUUGCUAAGGAUGAAAUGGAAACUGUGACUGAAGAUCUAGACGCGAAGUAUCUCAAACUUCUGGACAAAGUGAAAGGCGUGUUCCGGCCAGUUGGAGCCACAAAAGCUGAAAAGAGCGAUAAAGACGACUAUGACAAGCUGGCGUUCAGCCUUAAAAUUGAUGCCGACUCAAGGGCUACGCCUGCGGAGCGCACUAAAACUGCUGAAGAGUUGGCAGUGGAGGAACGACAUUAUUUGGAAGAAGAUGGAAUCUCUUAG